AAGCCAUAAGAAUAAACAUGCAUUGCAGCUGUUGACCUGAUCUGACUAAAAUGAGACAGCGACAGCGCAGCAGCACGGGAGGUGAUGAUUUUUGUACAGGGCACCAGUCAGACAAGCAGACGAUUCACUGAUUCAGACAUUCUUGUCUGGUCGGCGUAGCUGAUGGAUUGAUCGACACUUUUGUAGAACGGGAUCCAUAUCCAAUGCUCACACGCGGUACAGAUACAGAAGCAGGCAAACCUGAACCUGCAGAGCGCACCAAUGGCAGAUCACGAUCUACUAGAGCAUUUGAGUCCAGUGAAGUCAAACCCCGAGCUGAGUGAGCUCGGACGACUAGCCGAUACCUGCAUUAUUUUUGAGCGGAUUCCGGCGGCUCCUCGCUAGAUCCCGUCCGCGAAGGAAGUAAUUGGUCAUCGCAAGCUGCCCGGAUGGAGUCCCAGGAAGACAGGGCCCUCCGCCUCCAAGAACCCGCCGGCGGCGGCUGCGGCGUCACCAUUGGCAAAAGCUGCGUCGCGUUCCCCUGCCGAUGGCUGCGGCGGCUGUCCCGCGAGCUGCACUGGAGCUUCGUGCUCGCGGUCGUCGCGGUCUACGGCGCCUGCCAGGGCGUCGGCAACGCCGUCGGCGGCGUCGCCGCGGGGUACUACUGGAAGGACGUGCAGCGCGUGCAGCCGUCGGCGGCCCAGUUCUACCAGGGCGUCACGGACGCGCCGUGGGUCGUCAAGCCCCUCUGGGGCCUGCUCACCGACGUGAUCCCGGUCGCCGGCUACCGCCGCCGCCCGUACUUCGUUCUCGCAGGCGUGGUCGGCGUAUCGUCUAUGCUGAUGCUUUCCAUGCACCGCGGAUUGGGGAUCAUGUCGGCACUGCUGGCCCUGACGGCGCAGAGCGCGGGCGCCGCAAUAGCCGACGUGACGGUGGACGCCGUGGUCGCUCAGAACAGCAUCACGCACGAGGCCCUUGCUUCCGACAUGCAAAGCCUGUGUGGGUUUAGCUCCUCUCUUGGGGCAUUGCUUGGAUUCUCCAUUAGCGGCCUGCUUGUUCACUCAAUGGGUUCUCAGGCUGCUCUUGGCCUGUUGAGUAUCCCCUCUGCACUUGUGCUCUCAGCCGGGAUUCUACUGAAGGAGAACCGUGCUGCAGAAGUUGACUACAAGCAGGUUCAUAAAAAGUUCUACAAAGCGAUUCGGUGUAUGGGCGCAACACUGAAGUGCCCUGAGGUCUGGCAGCCAUGUAUAUAUAUGUUUGUUUCUCACAAUUUGAGCUUGGAUAUUCAGGGAGGAAUGUUCUACUGGUACACAGACCCUGUGGUUGGACCUGGGUUUUCUGAGGGAUCUAUUGGUCUCAUCUAUGCCAUUGGUUCAGUUGGUUCACUACUUGGAGUUUUGCUAUACCAAACCACCCUGAAGGACUAUCCUUUCCGCAGCAUACUUUUAUGGGGCCAAGUGCUGUCUAGUCUGGCAGGAAUGCUCGACCUGGUAUUGGUGACCCGGUUAAACUUGAAAAUUGGCAUACCGGAUUACUUCUUUGCGAUGAUCGAUAACAGCAUCUCCCAAAUGGUUGGUAGACUCAAAUGGUUGCCACUUCUUGUGCUUUGCUCCAAGCUUUGUUCCCCCGGCAUCGAAGGAACAUUUUACGCACUACUCAUGUCCCUACAAAAUGCCGGGUUGCUGAUGUCUGCUUGGUGGGGUGGCCUGCUACUGCACAAGCUGAAUGUGACUCGAAUGGAGUUCAGUAACCUCUGGAUCGCCGUCUUGAUUAGAAACAUUUCAAGGCUUGUCCCCUUGACACUACUGUUUCUUGUUCCUCAAAGUGAUCAGAACUCAACGCUCCUGCCUGCAGAGAUGCUUCAAGAUGGUGAAUCUACAGAAGCUGUGAAGGCAGGAUCGGUUGAAUUCUCUGUCCUUGUUCAAGAUGAUUCUGGCUGUAUUUCUCCCAAUGUGGCGGCUGAGGAUGAACGGACCAAAAUGUUUGAUGCUGAAACCGAUGAUGUGGAAUCAACCCCGCUGGUUAAUAAGAGUGAUCCGACCACUGAUUCAUGAUGUGUCAAAUAUCAUGAUCGGCAUAUGAUUCCACUGCUCGUACCCUUUGCGAUCCGUCAGUUGAAGAUGGGAAGACAAUCCAUCGAACAAAGGAAUUGGAGAUUUGAUACUGAAAGGUGGGACAUGCAAGUUUCACUACAAAGGUGGCAGCAGGCAUGAGCAACUUAGCAAGAGUCGACGGAGCUCAAGCAUAGCUUGUUAUACACAGUUUAGGCACUUCAAUUACUCCUUGUAAGUUGUAACCAUACACAUUUACUGAACGAAGUCCUUCCUGUUAUAGAAAUCCAUUUUUUUUUGGAAUGAUACGGUGUUUCGGGUA